AUGGUCAAGUUCAUCAAGGCUGGUAAAGUUGUUGUUAUUUUGCAAGGUCGUUACGCCGGCAAGAAGGCUGUCGUUGUUCGUAACCAUGAUGAAGGUACCAAAGACAGACCUUACGGUUAUGCCGUUGUUGCUGGUAUCGAACGUACUCCUCUUAAGGUUACCAAGGCUAUGGGUAAGAAGAAGGUUGCUAAGCGUUCCAAGGUUAAGCCCUUCAUUAAGAUUAUCAACUACAACCACAUGAUGCCCACUCGUUACGGUUUGGAAUUGGAGCAAAUCAAGGGUACUAUUUCCGCUGAUACUUUCAAGGAACCCACUCAACGUGAAGAAUCUAAGAAGGUCAUCAAGAAGCUCUUUGAAGAACGUUAUCAAACUGGCAAGAACAAGUGGUUCUUCAGCAAGCUUAGAUUCUAA